AUGGCUUGCACAAACCUCCAAUCCUCCUUUCGUCGCCUGGUCCGCGAAGCCAGCCGCACAGGGCCACGCGAGAUCCCAUCGUUCCUCGUCCCAGCACUAUCUCGGCCGCCUAGAGCAAGGCAUGCCUCGACGCUCGUCGAACCCCAGACCCAGAUCCCGAGCUACCAGUCACGCAUCGGCCGAGCCCCCAUCACCGUGCCCCCCGAAGUCUCGCUGCGGUUUUACGAGCUGCCCAAGGGAAACGUGCGGAGUCGGCACCCAGACACGCCAAACAUGGCGUUGGAGGUUACGGGACCUCUAGGACAAAUGACGGUGCCGUUGCCGCCUUAUCUACAAGCCGAACUCGACGAGUCUGCCAAAAAGAUCAAUAUCAAUGUCAAGGAUGCAGCGGAGAAACAUCAGAGGGCAAUGUGGGGGACCAUGCGCGCUCUCGUCCAAAAUUCCGUCUCGGGCGUCUCGGAAGGCCACCUCUGUAUCCUGAGACUGGUGGGCGUCGGAUACCGCGCCACGAUCGAAGAUAGCGCGCAGACCAAGACGGCGCAAUACCCCGGCCAGAAAUUUGUGAAUUUGAAGCUCGGAUACGCGCACCCGGUCGAGAUGGGCGUGCCCCAGGGAGUCAAGGCCUCGACCCCCCAGCCCACCCGGAUCCUGCUCGAGGGGUGCGACAAGCAGGUCAUCAAGCAGUUUGCGGCGGAGAUUCGGCGGUGGAGGAAACCCGAGCCGUACAAGGGGAAGGGUAUCUUUGUGAAUGACGAGACGAUCCGCUUAAAGGCCAAGAAGAUCAAGUAG